AGGAACCGCGGGGUCCCCGUGGGAGCCGACACCGGGCAUCGGUUCCGCCGGAUGGGCGGCGCCAUCUUGGGAGGGGACGUGCGGGAUGUCAUGGCGGCGCCGUGCGCCGACAUCCGGGUCCUUCCCCCCUCCGCCGCCUCCGGGGCGCCAUCCUGGGAGGCGCCGCCGCAUCCGGGUCCCGCGCGCCGCCAUCUUGAGAGUCCGUGGGGAGGGCCGGGGGGCGAUGGCAGCGCCCGGGAUCCCCGGCCCGUUUGCGUCGCUCGGAGCCGCGGGGCCGUGAGGCCUCAGAGCGGCUCUGGCGUCCCGUUAACCCCGGGGGGCGGUGGGGAGAGCGGGGACACCCCGAGGCAGAGGAGGAGAAGGAGGGUGCGCGGUUUGCGGAGGGGCGGCACCCAAGGAGAGGCGGGGCGCCCAAGAUGGCGGCGCCCAUGGCGGGUUGAACGCUCCGUACAGCGCUGCGCCGCCGGGAAAAGGGCCGCGCCGCCGGCAGCCAGACCGCGGGGGAUUCGGACAGGCAGCGGGGGACGCAUGGCAGGCCUGGGCGGGGGGGGGUCCCCGCCGCGGGCCCCCCCGGGCCCCCCCGCGCUGCAGCCGCGCUGGAAGCGCGUGGUGGGCUGGGCUGGGCCCGUGCCCCGGCCCCGGCACGGCCACCGGGCCGUGGCCAUCAAGGAGCUCAUCGUGGUCUUCGGCGGGGGCAACGAGGGCAUCGUGGACGAGCUGCACGUCUACAACACAGCCACCAACCAGUGGUUCAUCCCCGUGCGGGGGGACAUCCCCCCGGGCUGUGCCGCCUACGGCUUCGUGUGUGCGCGGCUGCUGGUGUUCGGGGGCAUGGUGGAGUACGGCAAGUACAGCAACGACCUCUACGAGCUGCAGGCCUCCAGGUGGGAGUGGAAGCGGCUGAAGGCGAAGACCCCCAAAAAUGGGCCCCCCCCUUGCCCCCGGCUGGGCCACAGCUUCUCCCUGGUGGGCAACAAGUGUUACCUGUUCGGGGGGCUGGCCAACGACAGCGAGGACCCCAAAAACAACAUCCCCCGGUACCUGAACGACCUGUACGUGCUGGAGCCGCCCGGCUCGGGGGUGCUGGCCUGGGACAUCCCCAUCACUUACGGGGUGCUGCCCCCUCCCCGGGAAUCCCACACGGCCGUGGUGUACACGGAGCGCGACGGGCGGCGCUCGCGCCUCGUCAUCUACGGGGGCAUGAGCGGCUGCAGACUGGGGGAUUUAUGGACGCUGGAUAUUGAGACGCUGACCUGGAACAAGCCGAGCCUGAGCGGCGUCGCUCCCCUGCCCCGCAGCCUCCACUCGGCCACCACCAUUGGUAACAAGAUGUACGUUUUUGGGGGGUGGGUGCCCCUGGUGAUGGAUGAUGUGAAGGUGGCGACGCACGAGAAGGAGUGGAAGUGCACCAACACCCUGGCCUGCCUGAACCUGGGUGAGGAGGCCCUAAGACCCCUCAUAGGGCCACCUCAGGACCCCCAACCCUGGAGGCCACCCCAGCCUCCUGAGACCCUGGGCCAUGCUGUGUCCGCGGUGUCCAUCAGCCUGGCGUGCAGCCGCACUGACCACUGCAGUGUCCUGAGAGUCGCGAGGCCAGUCCAUGCCCAGCUGCAGUUUGUGUCCAUGUGUCCGCUGGGUCUGGCGCGUCCAGUGCUGACCAGCACCAGGUUCAAAGAGCUGCACGGGCCUCCCGCCAGUGUCCGGGUGGUGUCCAGCGCCGACCAGCUGUGUCGAUUCGUCCGGGAGGAGAAGUCCCAGGGAGAACCUGCAGCGCCCAAGGCCAAGCAAGCUUCCAAGAAGGAGCAGAGGGACCUGCUCGCUGAGAACUCGGCCGAGGCGGCACGGCGACCCGAGGGGGGGGGGGCCUGCCCCGAGGCUGCGGGCGGCGCCGGCAGCGGCGCCUUCCAUCACCACAAGGGCCAGGGCCUAUACCACGACUCCCACGCUGCCCAGUGGCUGGACACGCAAAACUUCGCCAAGUAG